AACAGACGCCGUUUACAGGAUAAUGUAAACACUUUCAUUUAUUCAGUGAUCUGUAGCUAUCUGUGUGUGAAAAUGUAUAAAGCAACUGGCAACGAGCAGAUAUUGCAAGUAACAUGGCAGUGUCCCUACGAUUUAAUUGGCUGAUAUCUUCUACUAGUUUUAUUUUGCGCAUUUUGGUUAAGCUGUACUUAAGUUAGUUAACGUUAUGCUUAAAAACUAAUUGUGUGGAUGGUCGACCGAAUGUUAAAAAUCAGUUAAAGAGCUUAAGAAGAAUACUCUGCGUAUGUUCUUGUACAAUGGUAGUCGAGGUGGAAAGCUUCUUUGGUGUGUACAUGCUGUACUGCACCAAUCCAAAAUUCAAAGGCCGUAUUUACAUCGGUUUCACUGUAAACCCAGAGCGCAGGAUCGGACAGCACAACGCUGGGCGGCACAAAGGGGGAGCCAAGAGGACGAGCGGCAGAGGACCAUGGGAGAUGGUCCUCAUUAUACAUGGCUUUCCCACUGAUAUUGCUGCCCUAAGGUUCGAGUGGGCAUGGCAGCACCCUCACUCCUCCAGGCGUCUCUCCCACGUCUCUCGGCGCGGCAGGAAAGAGUCCAGUCUGCAGUUCCACUGGCGUGUUGUCUCCAAUAUGCUGCGGGUGGCUCCAUGGGACAGGCUGCCGCUCACAGCACGCUGGCUUAAGCAGGAGUACAGGAUGGACUUUGAGCACAGUCUGCAGCCUCCACUGCACAUUCCCAUUGCUUUUGGGAGUGUGAGAGCCAAAAGGAUGCUGCCACUCUGCUCUGCUGGAGAGGAGAAGGAGGAGGAGGAGGAGGCAUCCAGGUGUUUCCUCUGUAAAGGACCAGUCAAGGUGUCAGAAAAGCUGAGCUGUUUCCACCCGCACUGUGGAAUGAGCAGUCAUGUGAUCUGCCUUGCCAAACAUUUCCUGAAGUCAGAGCCAUCUCACCUCCUGCCAGUGGAGGGUGAAUGUCCGGCCUGUUGUCACUCUGUGCUGUGGGGAAGUCUCAUUCGCCACAAACAUGGCUGCUUUGGAGACCUGGAGGAGAUCACACCAUCUGCAUCCCAAAACCACUGGGCAGAUGAACUGCAGGUAUGAGGGAGUGCAACAUGCAAAAAUGAACUUAUUUUCUUCUUAAUGAACUGCGGUGCCAGAUGAUGCAGGCAUAGAGAAUUGUGCAGAUUAUAUGCAAUAUGCCUUUUCAAACUGAACAGGAAUUUGCAUGUUCCCGUUCAGUCUGAAAAGGCAUAUUCCAGCUCAAAAUGUGUCUGGCAGAACCAUAAAAAUCUCUCCAGGAUGUUCCAUUUUUAGUAUCUUUUUGACCAUGUGUGCUGUAAUAUAUGUGUUUAAGGUAUUAAAUAUGGGGGUGGGGGUAUUUUUAAUGCACUGUGUGACAAAUAAAAUGUUAUUGUUUUGUACUG